AUGAGAGUAAAGCCAGGAGAAAGUGCACUUGCCUUUUACACUGCUGAGAACAGUUCAGCUCCAAUAACCGGAGUCUCCACAUGCAAUGUCACUCCCAUGAAGGCGUGUGCAGGAAACAUUUCAACAAGAUACAUUGUUUUUUCUUUGGGGAGCAGCGACGUGUUCUUCUACGUUGAUCUUGAGUUUGAGACAGAUCCAAGAAUGGACGGAAUCAACAACCUGAUAUUGUCUUACACUUUCUUCAUAGUGUCCGAGAAAAAUACUAACAGCUCUGUUCCAGUUCAAGAAACCAAUUGA